GGCUGCCCACCACUGACAUUCAUUCAUUGCCUUAUCAUUCACUACAUCCACGUUUAUGCGCCGUCCACACCAUUCGCUGACGCAGCCGCCCCCCGCCCCCGACUCCCAUUCCUCCCACUAUCUCUGUCCGCAGUUCCCCAGGCCGUUCCCUCCCUGCCGCCGCUUUCUCUCCUGGGCGCGUCCCCGGCGAGCCGAGCCCCCUCCCCAGCCUGCGACUGCGCCUUAGGCCCCUAGCGCCCCGCCCCGCCCGAGAACCUGCGCUGAGGCUGCCCCACAGGGCGCAGGCCCCGACCCUCAGCGUCCACCGUCUGCUGCCUACAUCCGCCCGCCCGGCGUCCGACCCCUUCAGCGGCGACGGGCGGAGCUGGAGCCCCGGGCCUGGGCUCCAGGUGGGCUCCUGGGAGGGUGAUGAAGCAGGCCCUGGUGGACGAUACCGAGGAUGUGUCCCUGGACUUUGGAAACGAGGAGGAGCUGGCCUUUAGGAAAGCCAAGAUCAGACACCCCUUGGCCACCUUUUUCCACCUGUUUUUCCGAGUGAGUGCCAUCGUCACCUACGUGAGCUGCGACUGGUUCAGCAAGAGCUUUGUGGGCUGUUUUGUCACGGUGCUGCUCCUCCUGUCCCUGGACUUCUGGUCUGUGAAGAAUGUAACCGGAAGACUCCUGGUGGGCCUUCGAUGGUGGAACCAGAUAGAUGAAGAUGGGAAGAGCCACUGGAUCUUUGAAGCCAGGAAGGUCUCUCCGAAUAGCAUUGCUGCCACAGAAGCUGAAGCACGAAUCUUCUGGCUGGGCCUCAUAAUCUGCCCCAUGAUAUGGAUUGUGUUUUUUUUUAGCACCUUAUUUUCCUUGAAGCUAAAGUGGCUGGCUCUGGUGGUUGCUGGGAUCUCUCUCCAAGCUGCAAACCUGUAUGGCUACAUCCUUUGUAAGAUGGGAGGCAACAGUGACAUUAGCAAGGUCACAGCCAGUUUCCUGUCCCAGACAGUAUUCCAGACGAUGUUUCCCCUGACAAACGUCCUGCCCACCAAUCCCAUCUCGGCAGAGCUGAACUGUGGCAGAGGUGCAGGCUGGCAGGAAUGGAUGUGCCCUGGGCUGCUGCAAGCUCCUGUCCCCAAUCACAUCCAUUCAUGCAGCCCAACUGCCUCCAGGGGCCUCAGAGGGCAGCUCUCAUCACCACUUCUGGCCACUGCAAAAGCUGCCUGGCUGGUCCCGAACUCGUGGGCUCAAGUGAUCCUCCCAUCUCAGCCUCCCAAAGUCCUGGGAUUACAGGUGUGAAUCACUGUGCUGGC